UUGCAAAGAUAAUUUCAGGAUGCUUUUCUGUUAAAAAGAAUCAAUGGUCAAUAUGGCCGAUGAGAGAGAUCUAAUUGAAAUCUUGGAAGAGAAUAAUCCUAUUGACAUCAUCAAAUACAUCAGUUAUGUUCAUUCACCACAAUGCGGUGCCAUAGCAACUUUUUCCGGCACAACCCGUGACACCUUUGAAGGCAAAACGGUCUUAAAGCUAAGAUAUGAAGCAUACAUUCCAAUGGCAGUACGCUGCAUCAAAUCCAUUUGUACUUCUGCAAGAUCAUCGUGGAAUCUCAAUUCAAUUGCUGUUGCUCAUCGCUUAGGCCCAGUUCCUGUUGGGGAUAUAAGUGUGUUCAUUGCAGUAUCUUCUGUUCACCGUGCAGAUGGACUGGAUGCUUGUAAAUUUAUUAUAGAUGAGGUGAAGGCUUCAGUUCCAAUAUGGAAGAAGGAAGUCUAUACUAAUGGAGAGGUCUGGAAGGAGAACUCUGAAUUUCUGGAGAGGAGGGAAGAACUUGGGGUUCAGGACCGAACCCAAGGAUGUUGUGGGAGGAAAGAUAAAGUAGAGGAAGCACCGAAUACCAAGAGUUGCUGCAGGGUGAAGGUGAAGGAAAGUGGCGGAGACUCUUGCAGCAUCGACAAAAUAUCCAACACACCCUGAUAGAGGUUGCUGAAGAUUCAUCUAAAACACCCACUUCUCAACCUGCAAGAUUUCUCUCAGUUACACCGUGUGUGGGUUGGGUACUUGUUGUCCUUCCUUACUUUCGUAAUUCGUUUAGCUUCAAAGAAUUUGAAGGUUAAUAAUAUAAUCAGAAAUUAUCGCUAAUGCUUGUCGAUUCAUGUGAGCAUGAAUUUCUGAAAGCUCACAAUUCGCAUUGA